GGUUGCAAUUGUUCCACUAUUCACUGUUCCACUUCCACUGUUCCACUGUUCCGUAUAAUGCCCGUAUAAAUAUUGCUCCCCUCAUCCUCAUUCUGAGCCCCUCUCUCCCUCUUCCUCUUCCUCUUCCUCUCCCCUUCCUCUCUUUUCAUUGCUUUGCACUUAUCCAUCAUCCAACUCCAACUGUAACUCCAAACUACUACUUCUUCUGUCUCAAUCACAUCAUGGCUCCUCCUCUUGUCCUCCUCACUGGUGCAACUGGCCUGAUCGGAUUCCGGGUACUUCAAGAACUUCUCCAGAAAACCGACUAUACCGUCCGAGUCACCGUGCGCUCCGAGGAAAAGGCCCAAAUCAUCGUCUCCAAUCCCGUUAUCCAAAAGCUCAAUCCCGGGGACCGGCUGACCUACACCGUCGUCCCGGAUAUCCUUGCGAAGGAUGCAUUUGACGCUGCGCUGAACGAUGCGACGUACGUGAUCCACACGGGGUCGCCAGUGCCGGUGCCCGGCUUCGAUCCUCUCGCCCAAAUCUGGAAGCCCACCGUCGAGGGCACCUCCAACCUGCUGAAGUCCGCCCUCAAGUUCCCCACCAUCAAGCGUGUGCUGGUCACCUCCUCCAUCGUCGCCAACAUGGCCCCUAUGCCCGAUCCCUCCAUCACCGUCACCGCCACCUCCCGCGUGACCCUGCCGGGAAUCCCCGACACCUUCUCCAACGUGUUUGAAGCCUACGUCCUGGGCAAGAUCACGGAGCUCAACGAAACAGACGCAUUUGUGGAGCAAGAGAAGCCGCCAUUUUCGGUGGCCCGCGUGAUCCCCGGCUACGUCUACGGGCGCGAUGGGUUGGUGCUGAGUGCCGACGCGGCCAUCGCCAAGGGCAGCUCCUGUGGCAUCCUGCUGCGCAGCGUGACGGGCAUCGACUGCCCCGCCCCCAUCCACGGCGGGUACGUCCACAUCGAUGAUCUGGCGCAGGUCUAUCUGAAGGCCCUGCAGCUGGACCCCGCCGCAGCGGGAGCCGCCCCGCACAGCUUCGGCGCCUGCUCGCUCGUCGAUUACUCGGACGCGUGGCGCAUCGUGGAAAAGAACUUUCCGGGCGCGGUGGCCGCCGGCCAACUCAAGCAGGCCAACUUGCCUACCCUCCCGAUCGCCUACGAUUCCAGUGAGACGGAGAGAUACCUGGAGGUGCAAUUCCGUCCGUUCGAGGAUGCGGUCAAGGAUGUGGUACAAUCUUACUUGGAUCAAAGGGAAGCAGAGAAGGUUUAGAUUUAGGUACAGGUCGGUGUACAGUACAUAUAUUGCUGCUAGAGGUCCAUUGGGUUAUGGUAUCUCGUACUCCUCGGGGGAGUACUAGACUUUUCUUUCUUUUCUUUUCUUUCCUUUUUUCUUUGCUUGAGGUUGUAACUAUAGUACAGUAUGCACGUUUCAUAUUGGACAUGUGCAGUACAUAAUGAGAUGGGG